UUCUCCAUCACAACUAUACAAAUCUUCAAUCAUCAAAUCCAAACAAAACAAAACCCUAAUUAGCUAAGAAAUUAAUGGAUAUGGCAGAAACGAUCGAACUCGCCAACUGCGAGUGCUGCGGAUUGAAAGAAGACUGCACUCACGACUACAUCGCCAAGGUCAAGAACAGCUUCCAUGGCAAAUGGCUCUGUGGCCUCUGCUCAGAAGCCGUCAGGGAUGAGCUCAUCAAGAACAACAACAACAACAACAACAAUGGUAAUAACCAUAAUCAUCUGCACCUCGGACUCCACGAAGCUCUCCUCUCCCACAUGUCCUUCUGCCGCCAGCACAAGCUCCUCAGCCCCGCCGUACAGGUCGCCGACGGCAUGAAGCAGCUCCUCCGGCGACACUCCGGCAAGAAUAUCGACAAGAAGUAUACAAGGUCUGCUGCCAAUUCAAGUGUCCUAUUAGUUAAUUAGCCGAUGCCGAGGAGGAAAAAUCGAUCGAUUAGUUGUCUUGAUUCGAUCGUUAUUGUUUGUUUUAUUUUGGUUGUAGUUUGUUAUAGAUAUAUAUAUAUAUAUAUGCAUGUAUGUAUAUGUAUAUACAUACAAGUGUAUGUUUGUAUGUAUAUAGACACACAGAUACACACAACAUGAGUUAUUACAGCAAAUUAAUUAAGGUAUAUCUUAUGAUCUACAUGGUUUUUUUUUUUUUUUUU